AUGCAAAGUAUAUCUAGAGAAACCAAUAAAAGCUCAGCUAAGAAUCUUCAACAUUUGGCAACGUCAACAUUUUCUACACCACAAAUACACAAGGCAUUAAAUAUGGUUACUCCCAGUACAGGUUCAACGAUAGAUGAAUCAGAUACGGAGGAAGUUGUAGUGGAAGGAGUAGCCGCCGGAGUAGCCGCAAUUCCUCUUAAUAUACCAGGAUCUUCUUUUACGCCAACUUUACAUCCAAUUGUUUCAGGUGUAAAAAGCAGUGGUGACUUAUCAGGGGCAUCCUCGGAUUCUGCAGAUUCUGAAGCCAAAAAGUUGAGAAAAAAGUCAUUACCUUAUUAUGAAUCAGUGGGACGUUCAUUUAGAAUUCUUGCCGAAGAAAGAGGCUGGAGGAACGCCGACAAUUCAAUAUUUCCAAUAUCUGUAACCAACCUUUGUAAUUACGUUCGUGUUAAGAAAGAUACGAAUAACUCUAAAAGCGUAGAUUGGUAUAUCGCGGCUCUCAAGAAGUAUCAAGAACUCGUAUUGAAUGUCAAGGAUUGGGAUGAAGUCCGAAAACACCCGGAAGUUAAACGAUUGAUGAGUCAGAUCAAAGUUGAAGGUAAUUCAAAGAUCGGAGGUGAUUCGUCUCCAUUGGCUCCUAGUGGGAAAGAUAAGGGUAAAGGGAACGGAGAACGAUCGAUCAUUGAGAUCAAUAAAAACAAUUCAGAGUUCCCCCAUUCGAAUAAGGUUAAUCCACAAUUUGGGUCUUAUAGCAAUUUAUCUUUGCAAACUUUUUCUUCGACUAAUAAAUUUCCUGGACCUGCUGAAACUGCACUUGCUUUACUCGGUCCUUUUAUGGUCGAUGAUGAUUCUAUUGGCAGGAAGGAUUCCAUUUUGUCGAAAAAAUUAGUUGACGAAACACUUGAUUUCGAUACUCCGAAUUACGAACCUUCCACUUCUAAAUUUACCUCUCGUUUAGUUGAUCCAAUGGUUAUAUCCGCUUCAGAUGACGAUGAAGAUUACGUUCCUCCUAAAAAAUCGUCACGUGGUUAUAUUCCCGAUAGAAAAAGACGUCGAAAACGACUUUUGGACUCCGAAUCACAUUCAGAUGAUGAUGAGCCCGAAAGUUUUAAAUCUCGUUAUGAAAAUUCACUAAGCGUUCUCAAGUCGAAAUACGUGGAUUCCUGUAAAAAUCAUCCAAAUGGUUGUUACCCAGUUAAAACUGGGAAACAUUUCGUACUGAAUGACAGAUUAUUUCGGCGUUGGGCUUCAUUAUGCGCUUCUGGUGAUGAUGUAAAUGAAGAUUCGUUGCCAUAUUCAGAUGAAUUGGAAAAAGAUUUCUCUGAACUUAAAGCAAAUCCCAUUUAA